AUGUCGUUACUCAAGUUAUUAAGUUUUCUUUCUAUUACCAUAGUUGUAGCUCACUUUUACAUCAAGAGCAGAACAACUGCCACUCCGAAGGGGUAUAAGACCAUUCCAGGACCCAAGGGAUGGCCUUUACUAGGCAAUGCGCCACAGCUAGGUUCAGCACCACAUCGACAAGUCCAGCGGUGGGCUCAAGAUUAUGGCGAGAUUGUCAAAGUACGCCUCGGCUGGGAAAACUGGGUUUUCGUCAAUAGCCCCGAUGCCGUCCGCGAGAUAUUUGACAAACAAUCGGCAAAGACCUCUGGAAGGUCACCGAUGCCGGUACUCUCCGACCUUCUGUCCGGGAGCAACAGGCUCUUACUUUUGACUUACGGGUCCAAAUGGCGACAACUGCGAACGAUUGUGCACAAGCUCUUGACGCCAAAAGCUUCGGACACAUACAAGCCAUCACAAGAGUUUGAGGCCAAGCAACUACUCUACGACAUCGCGACCGAUAACACAGAUCAAGAAAGUUUCUACAUGCAUGUCCGCCGAUAUACCACAUCUGUUGUGCUUACCAGUACAUACGGACUUCGUGUUCCUAAGUGGGACUGCGAAGAUGUGCGUCAGAUUUACGACCUUCUGAAAGAUUUCACCGAAGUUGCAGAGCCUGGCGCUUACAUCGCCGACAUGUUUCCUCCUCUUGCCAAUCUUCCAUCGUUUCUCCAGUGGUGGCGUCCGGCUGCUGUUCGGGCUUACGAAAGGCAGAGGAAAAUCUGGAUGCAUUACUGGAAUGGCUUGAAGUCUUCGGUGGCCGAGAAGAAAGCCCCUGAGUGCUUCGUGAAGCAGUUCAUGGAGUCAGACUUUGAGAAACUCGGCAUUACCGACGUUCAGGCCGGUUUUGUUGCAGGCUCCAUGAUUGAGGCCGGUUCUGAGACCACUUCUUCGGCAUUGAAUAGCUGCAUUCUUUACCUAACGGCAAAUCCCAGAGUGCAGGAUAUUGCCAACGAAGAGUUAUCGCGAGUGAUUGGCGAUGAGAGGUCGCCAACUUUUGCAGAUGAAGCCAGCCUGCCCUACAUCAGAGCAACCGGGAAAGAAGUCCUUCGCAUCCGGCCAGUCACCACGAUAGGAAGCCCGCAUUACACGACAUCGGACGUUGUCUAUAAGGACUAUUACAUCCCCAAGGACACCGUCGUUGCCAUUCCGCAAUAUGUUUUACAUUUCAGCUCCGAUAAAUGGACCGACCCUGAAGAAUUCAACCCGUCACGUUACUUGGCGUAUCCUGAAAAGGCUGGUUUUUACGCCGCUCAGGGAGAUGCUAAAGCCCGUGACCAUUUUGAUUUUGGUGGAGGGAGACGCAUCUGCCCUGGCAUGCAUCUGGCCGAGAACAGCCUGUUCAUCACAUUGGCCAAGAUCUUGUGGGCCUUCAAGAUUGAGCCGGCAUUGGACCCGAAUGGCAAGGAACUGCCGGUAGAUCUAUCCGAUGAAGCUUAUGAACCGGGCAUCAAUACACUUCCCAAACCCUUCAAAUUAUCUCAUCCGUCACCAAACUCAGCUUCUUGGUACCUCAUGUCCUCCACCACAUCCUUACCCGUCCAUGGGCCCGGACAACUAGUCGCGUCGACAGAGACGCCAAAGGCAGGGGAAAAGCGUGCUCGCAGGACCGCUCGCCCUUACAAGUACCUCGUCACGCGACAUGAAAAGACACUACAUGCGGAACACAACAGCAAAGUCGUCGAUGAUCCAUCUGACGAUGAUGAUGCGUCGUCGGAGGCAACUUCGAGUGAAAGGGAGCAUGACCCUAAACGGCAGCGUGCCUAUCGUACCCCUCUGAGCCAACCCUCGCUGGGAGAUGGCCCUAGAAGAGACUCUUGCUCGUCCACUCUAGUUUCCAAUAGCAUUGUGGUCUCAACGCAACCUAAGAACAUCUCGAGGGAGAUUCACCAAUUUCGGCAGCGCGGGCAAGCGGCUCUCACUCCUCCACCAACGCACAAUAUCUCCAUCUCAGAUUCUGCAGACGCCUUGGACAUGUUUUUCGACACUCAUCCCGAAACGAUCUUUAGCAAUAGUCAACCUCAAGAUCUGCCCAUGACACAAGGCGCAGUCUUUGAUCACCUACGGGCCCAACUCACUGAAGGAACCGCAAAUAGGGGUCAUGUGCCAAACGGUCACCCUUCACUGCCAGAAAAUGGCUCAGCUCUCGGCUCCUUGGACUCUUUUCUUGCAGAUCCAAUUUCACAGUCGGUAUUGCCCAUAUCUGAGGAGCCGUUCGACUUCGCACAUGACUUUGGUUUCCUCGACGCUCCAGAUUGGAUGGAGUUAUCGAACACAGGCGCUGGCCUUGAAGCUUCGAAUGAUUCGACUACCAGCCCUCUAGAGAAGUCAUGCUCUUUUGAGAGGAGUCUCCGUCACGCAGAUAAGGAAAUUCAGUCAGAAACCUUGCAGUCUAUGUCCCAAGCCAUCCUCACGAGGGAUUGUCCACUCUGGGUUAUGCAAACAAAGUUUCUCUUGACGUUCUUCGCGACAUUCAGUGGCGACAAAGACUUGGCGGCCCAGUCUAUAGGGGAGUGUAGCCAUUACACUUUAUUGUACGCAAAGAUGCGGCGUCAGCUGCAACAAGACAACGCGGACCUCCUAAGUUCAACGUGGGCAGACUGGGUGCAACGCGAAUCCUGGAAGAGACUUCUCGGUGCCAUUUAUGUGACAAACACGGUCAACACCAUCAUCUACGGCCUCAGCCCCGCCUUCAAUGCCAGUCAAGAUCUAGAAAUUGAGCACUUCCAUGAUGAGAACCUCUGGAAUGCGUUAUCAGCCAAUGAGUGGCGAGAACUGCGAGCCGCUUACAGAAAGAAGAACUCAAGAACCACCAAGGAUAUUCUGGAAGAUGUCUUGGCCGAGAACACCGAUGAUUCCAGUUUUGAAUCAUACAAUAUCUCACCAUUUUCUGCGCUCAUCCUGGUACAUGCUAUCCUCAUACACACCUGGCAACUCUCCCAGCUUUCGGAAACCUCAGCGGUUUUCUCUUUUCGUUCAACAACUGGGAAUCCCUCUCUAGGUAGCUCUCUUCUCUCAAAUGCCUUGAUCUCUCUAGACAGGUGUCACGGGCUACUGAAGCAAACUCGAGAAGGUCAGCUUGAGGAUAUGGACGACAACGACAUCACGUCGCUGUGUUUCAGCUCACAUGCGAUCCUCAGAGCCGCCUACAUCCGGCUAUUUGAUAACACUAAGAGUUUUGAUCGUCUCUGUCUGCUUGCUGAAGACCCAAGCACCAUUGACAGCAACGUCACCACGUUCGCGAACACGAAGCUAGAGAGGGAUAUCGACUGCGUGAAGACCAUCGAGAAGACGCUGGAGGGUAUCCAGCUACCAGUGAAGAUGGGCCACAUGCUCAUACGUAAGACAGCUGCUUUCCGAUGGAGCGUCGAGCAUGCGGUUGCGGCUUGGGACAAUGUACUAUUCACAACGAAGUGGGCUCACGGAAUCGAACUAGACAGGAGAAUGGGCAUUGAUCCCAGUGCAGCUGAACUAGACCUGCUCAUGAAGAUCAAGGACGUACUCGAGGAAUCGGACUAUGACACAGAUGAGAGCGCAUCCCUCGCUGCAGGCUUAGCUAAAACUUGCAGUCUAUUCCUUCAAGACGUGAAUUUCGAUCACCCAGUUAUUGGGAAAGUGAAGGGCCAAGCAUCCGACGGCGUAAUCCAGUUUCUCGGCCUCAAGUAUGCUACUCUGCAGCACUGGUUCGACAAUGCGAAGCUUGUCCAGUACGAUGGAAGCGGACUCAACGCUACACGCCACGGUCCGCAAGCCGUAUCCGACCCAGACGGAGUGAAGAAUGAACACAUGAUCAUUCAAAAGUCGCUCCCAAUACCCGAGUUCCCCGGUCUCUCGGGGACCGAGUGUCUCAAUCUGAACCUCACAGCGCCCCUGGAGAUUGGUGACCUAAAGCAGGUGCCAGUUCUGGUAUUCAUUCACGGCGGAGGGUUCGGAACGGGAUCCAACUGGUGGCCUCAGUACGAUACCAAGCGCAUAGUCCAACAUUCAAACAAGUUUGGGAAGCCCAUCAUCGCUAUCAACAUCAAUUACCGCCUCGGGAUUCCUGGAUUUCUGACAUCAGAGGAGCUUCGCAAAGAGGGCUUCAAGAGCAAUCAAGGUCAUCAUGAUCAGAGGAUGGCUUUGGAGUGGGUGGGAAAAUACGUGUCGGGAUUCGGGGGAAAUCCUCAGCGUGUGACUGUUGUAGGUGAAAGCGCUGGUGGCAUCUCGGCGGGCCGUCUAUUAUACUCUGAAAAAGCUCUUGCCUCUCAACUCAUUAUCUUGGGAGGCUCGCCGCCGUCCCUCGCCCCCCUGGAGCUCGGAGUGGCUGAGCAGGCGUACAAAGGCGUUCUAAAAGCUUUGGGAGCUGGAGAUGUGAGUUCGAGUGAACGUAUCAAGAUCCUGUCAAGGGCGUCCCCCGAAGAGCUAUCCUCGAAGAUUGGCAGGAGCCUUCCUUUCCUGCCGGUUCUCGAUGAAGAAACAGUCCCGUUCGUGCCGACGUUCGAGACGGCGUCAGCUGGGAAGCUAAUUCCCAAGACAACAUCUUGUAAAGCUAUCAUGGUCGGGUACGCCCCGUUGGAUGCGAGCAUAUUUGGGUUUAUGGGUCUUUUCCAGCGAAAGGAGAACAUCGCAGCCUCGUUCACGCAAAUCAUCAACACAGCUCUGUCACACCAUGCCGGCAUUGCUGCGCAGAUUCUGCAGGCAUACGACAUUAAUGACACCACAAACGACGAUGAGGCUUUCAUCCGAGUUCUGCAAUUCGCCUCUGAUAUUGGAUUUCGGGCAACGGCAGAGUCAUUUGCCAACAGCUUUCACGGCGACUCCUAUUUGUUGGAGUUUGCCGAGCCAAAUCCGUGGGAAGGGCCAUUUAGGGGCUACAGCACCCAUGUCCUCGACGUGGCAUUCCUCUUCCAAAACUAUAAGGAACAUCUCGGAGAGGAGCAGCGAAAGUCCGCCGAAUCAUUUGUCACCGACAUAGUUGACUUUGUUCAUGGUCAAGCUCCAUGGAAGCGGUUUCAAGAUGCCGGCGGGCGGGUGGUGUACCAAGAUGGGACGAGAGCGUACAAGGAGGCCGGGGCCAGCACGGCACGGUAUGAUUUGCUGCUCGAGUUGGGCGGCUCACAGGCGGUUACUUUUGGAAGCGCGGCCUCUGGCGUGUGCGACACGAGAAGAAUAGUGGAAGAUUCCGUGAACCUGAGUAAACCCGUCAUCGUCGUGACAGUCCAGUACAGACUCAACAUCUUCGCGUUCGGAAACGAAAGUAGCUCGAGUAGCCUCGCUCUGAAAGAUCAAUCAUUGGCUCUCAAAUGGGUCACUGAUCACAUUCCGGAUUUUGGAGGUGACCCGAAUGAUGUCUCACUGGCUGGAGAAAGUGCUGGAGCGGUAUACUGCCACGCCCACAUAGCGGCCGGCUUCAGGGUGAGAAGAGUCAUACUCUCUUCUGGCUCGCUGUACCUUUCUCCUCCUCAGCCAAGGACAAAGGCUUCUGCUUUACGCCAAACCCUCGUGAAUCAUCUUGGUACACUGGGUGACUUUGACUUGAGCACAGCCCCUGUUGAGAAAUUGGUGAAGGCCAUAGAACUAGCUGGAAUACAUUCAUGGUUCCUUCAAGUGGAUCCUACUCUUGUUGGGUGGGAGACAGCAAUAGGGGCUGCGGAGAGCGUGAUGAUAGGUGAUGUUCGAGACGAGGCCGUUCUCUGGCGAGAGGGCAUAUGGAAAAUGGAAGCUUCAGAGAUUGCUCAGGCUUUCAGCUAUGCCGGCGAACACCAGGACACGCUCCAAAAACUCUACAACAUUCACUCUGACAGAGCCUCCGCUUCCAAGAUAGGGACGUUGGACUUCAUGAAUGACUACAAAUUUCUUCUCCCAGCGGAGAACAUUGCUCGCCUAUUUAGGGCAGCGAACAAACCCGCCUAUCGAUAUCUCGUUGAUGAGUGCAAUCCCUGGCAACCCUCAAAUGGAGCUCAUCACGCGGUGGAUUUGCUUUUUCUCUUUGGUGGAUUUGAUCUUUCAUUUGCUCCUGGUGCACAACAGACUGGAAAUCAGAUGCGCAAGUCAGUGAUCGAAUUCCUUCACGCCCAGGAGCCGUGGCAGUUGGGUAGCUAUGCAGCGUUCGGACCCUACGGGAUGUUUCAAGAACUUGAUAGCGUCGGCGUUAUCAUUGUUGGGGCCGGCCCUGCUGGGCAGCUGCUAGGGCUGCUUCUGGGUCGGGACGCCAUUCCCGUUACGAUCGUCGAGCAGACAUUGGAGCUCGAUGAUAAGCCCAGAGCCACACACUACGCUCCACCGGCGAUGAAGGUCCUGAAUCGCGCCGGCCUGGGGAGCGACCUGCGGAAAUACGGGUUUCUUCCCGAUGGAGUCGCAUGGCGCAAGCCAGACGGGACGCGCAUCGCCGGCAUCAGCAACGAGAUUGACGGUGAUGAUCCAGAUCGCAUGGUUGCACUGCCCUUGUGCGACCUGGCGCGGUUGAUCUACGAUCACUCGAAGCAUCUACCAUCAGUCACGUACCUGUUUCAUCAUCGGGUGACAGCAAUCGGUCAGGACGAUUCCCGUGCCUGGGUCGACGUGGAGAACGGGGACACAGGGGACAAGUCACAGCUUUUUGGGGACUUUGUUAUUGGGUGCGACGGGGCUAACAGUAUUGUCCGGCGAUCGCUGUUUGGGAACGAAUUUCCUGGCAAGACAUGGGAUGAGCAGAUUGUGGCCACGAACGUCUACUACGACUUUAGUCGCUUUGGGUACUCAGACUCCAACUUCAUUCUAGACUCAAAGGACUGGUUCAUGGCGGCCAAAAUCACCAAAGAUGGCCUAUGGCGUGUAACGUAUGGCGAAGCUACGGGCUCGACGUCCGAAGAGAUUCUCGGCAGGCAGCCGGAGAGGUUUAGAAGUAUACUACCUGGACACCCUAAACCGGACGAGUACAAGCUCGUCAGUAUCAGCCCAUACAAGGUCCAUCAACGGCUAGCCAAGAGAAUGAUUGCCGGCCGGAUUUUGCUCGCUGCAGAUGCAGCGCACCUCUGCAACCCCUUUGGGGGUCUCGGCCUCACCGGCGGCAUCGUCGACGUCGAAGGUCUCUACGAGUGUUUGUCCGGGAUACAUCGCAAUAAAGCGAGCCGGAGCAUUCUGGAAGUCUACGACCAAGUGCGGCGACAGAAGUAUCAAGACAUUAUUGACCCGAUAUCCAGCGACAAUUUGCGACGCAUGUUCAGCGUCCACCCCGACGAGGUGCUGGCUUCCGACCCGUUCCUCAAGCUUUGCAAAGACGCUGAAUCGGAUCAAGAAAAGCUGAAGGAACUGAGCAAGGGCGCACAAGCACUGGGCUAUGACUUUACGAAGCAUUACACUUCUGGAGAUGGUGGUGUAGGAGGGGGACUAGGCACUCGUCUUUAG